UAUUUAGGCUUCAACGGGCUGCCGGUUAGUGGCAAUAUACCAUCUUUCCCUUACGCUAAUCCUCUAUUAGCAAUGGGUAACCCGUUAUUGAAUCCAUUGAUGAUGAAUCCAAGCACUGCAGCACUCGCAAGUUUUGCUAAUGCAGCCGUAGUCGGUCAUCAUAACAAUCCUGCUGCAACAUUAUCCUCUUUAGCUGCGGCGUCAACUUCAUCGUCAUCGAAUGCUACGUCUGCUUCGAGACAAUCUCCUGCUAUUCAACAUUCUUAUUCACCUAAGUUGGCCAAUAAUAAUCGAUCGACAAUUUCGCCUGCUGUACGGCUUACUGUUUCUCCCGAACGACCACCUUCAGAAGCGAAAGAUGGAUCUCCACCACUCCAACAACCAAUUCAGCAGCAACAACAUUUCGGCUCAGCUCCGCCGUCGUGUAAAAGUCCAAUACCAACUGUUGCAAAGGUACCAACCAUAUCAGUUGAUGUGACAGCUUCAAAUUCAUCCGAUGAAACAUCGACAACAGCAAAAUUAGAUGAAUAA